CACGAAGUUGAAUUUUUUUUGCGAUGAGAAGCGUGGCAAACGAUGGGAAGCUUACUGGCCAUUUUCGUGGCGUUUCUAACAAUUUUCACAAACGACCAGAUUUUUAAAGCCGCCUCGUCCACCCCAGGCCCGUUGGUAUCCUCCUACAUCUUCCUAAUCGCCCUGUUCCUGCUGCUAUGCGAGCUCCCCAUGUACCCCAAUUCCCUGCGAAAGCUCGGCUUCCUCGUCCAAGGCCUCUUCGAGGUCCUCGCGACGGCCGUCAUAGCCGAAGGUAUGACCGUGGACUUCUGGCUGCCCCUCGAAGCCGCCGCGAUGGACAACGUGGCGAAGCUGGCCGAUUUAAUCGACGAUUUCCUCGCCGACGACGAGUGGAAGUGCGACAACUCGUCGCGCAACACCGCGGCGCGCUACGUCGUAAGUUACUUCUUGAGCAUCUUCUUUCUCAUGACCGUUCUUCAUGCCACUAGAAUCGUUGAUCUUAGGGCGGUCGACGAGGGCGUCGGGCGGCUGGUCGGCGACGCGACGUGGAGGUUUAAAAGGUUCGUGAAAAGGGGGACGGGACGCGCGGUUUCGAAGGAGGUUCGGCCCUCCGAAUGCGGGGACGAUUCGAUCGGGAAUUCCGUGUCGAUGUCGAGGUGCUCGGCGAGCGAUAACGAACUGGCGGAGAAGAAGUGGAGAGCGCCGCAGAAGAGGAGGACUAAAAGGAGCAAAUUGGUGGAUAGAAGCGAUGGGGAGGAGACGAAGCGCCAGACACGCUCCAGUACUUGUUGUUCCAGGAACAAUAUUUAUACGGUGUACUAAUACAAAAUGUGUUUUUUUUUGUGAAGUAAUUACGAAAUUUUUUGUCUUCUUAUUAAUUAAACUGAUUCAUGUCUAGACAACACCUAAUUGUUUACAACAAUAAACGAAG